CACAGCUCAGGUAUAAAACCAGCUGUGCAGGUGGCGAAGACAAAGCAGCGAUGAAGCUUCUGCUGGUGGCUUUGGUGGCUGCAGCCCUGUGGGCAAAGCCAGCCGACUCCUUGAUUUGCUAUGUAUGCGAUAACGAGAAGUCCAACUGGAGUUGUUUCAAGCCGCAGUCGUGUGCCAAGCACGACGAGUACUGUGUCACAACGCACUCCACUGUGGGGCUCGGCAAGGACAAAGAGCCCCGCAUUAGCAAGUAUUGCUCUCCCUUCUGUCCCGAAACAAACCUGAACAUUGGCAUCGCCUCGUUUUCUGCCUCCUGCUGCAACACCUUCUUGUGCAACAUCAGCGGAGCCAGCAGCGUGAAAACCAGCUACACUGUGAUGGCCACAGGCAUCCUGGCCAGUCUUCUCUAUGUCCUCAGAACUGGGCUGUGAAGGUCCAGAGUAAAGGAGAUCCCGUGUAAAGGCUUGGACCAUCCCAUCUCCUCCAUGCAAAGGUUUCCAGGGGCUGAAUCCACAGCCUCUGCCUGUAGCCUCAUCCUCAUGGCUACCUUGGCCCUCAGGCCAAAAUGAAUGUAUUCACCCCUAUUCACCUACACGUGGUUCCUCCCUUCCCCUUCACUCCCCUGCCUCAUUUUCUCCAAGUGUCAUGUGCUGAACAGAAGCUGGACACAAUAAAGAUUUAUUAUUUUUUUUU